CCUUAUCAAUUCCAGUGUAACUUUAACUCAAAUAAAAUAAUUACAAAUACAAUUCAAUACAGUUCAAGACCGUUUUGUGGAUUACGCGUUUAGUUCAAAUUAUAAAAUAAACAAAAUUGACCCAAAAUAUGGAAGUCAAGGCAGAAAAACUUUACAUGCAAUUGAAUGCAGCCGAGCUUGAAGCCAUUAUCAAAAAAGAUUCACCCAGUUCGAACGACCGCGAUGCCGGCUUUUGUUCCGCUAGUUCGGAAAGCGAAGGCGGUGAUGAUUUGCCGCUAGAAGAUGCGUCGCAGUGUGCCACACCCCACAACGAACCAUCAAAAUAUGGCGCGCCUAAGGAAACUUCUGUUGUCCUGGUCCGCAAUAAGCGGAAGAGUAUGGAGCCGUCAAAACUUGUGGAGCCGACAUCGACGGCGAACAAUUAUUGCUCCUCGAUAGCAGUUGGCUCAAGCAUGGCAUCGGUGGGUCCGCUUAAGAAGCGAAUACGUUACUCUUCGUCAGCUGAUUCAGCCGUUAUGUUGACGUCACCAGCUCUUCAGUCCCCAUCACACAUCAGCCAUAACCAUUUGCCCUCGGCACAUACAUGGGACCCUGCCCAAGUGCUGCCACGUCAAAUGUUACCUAAUCCUGCUCACAUUUUCGUGCGCCAUCCCGGUGUUACUACGCUACAUCGUGCGUUCGCCUUCCCAGCGCAAGAAGAGCCACUGGCGCUAAUAACAAGAAAGCCGCACUUCAACGAUGUAGAAUCAGGUGAAAAGCAGUUACAUCUCACUUUCAAGAGCGCCAAGAACAAGGAUAUGCCCAACGAGUCCAGCGAAAUCCUAGAGGAGCACACCAUCGACGAGGAGGAGACUUGCAAAGAUCAUCAUAGUAGCUCCCUCUCAAGACCGCAGCAACGGAACUAUAAAAACAUGACUCGCGAACGCAGAAUCGAGGCAAACGCCCGGGAACGCACUCGGGUUCACACGAUUUCCGCUGCCUAUGAGACACUGCGCCGCGCUGUACCAGCAUACGCAAGCUCACAGAAGCUAUCGAAGCUAUCGGUAUUGCGUGUGGCUUGUUCCUACAUACUGACACUGAGCCGUAUGGCGGGCAAAGACUACAGCUCUGACCAAUCGGAGCCAAGCAUUGCUGAUUGCAUCGAGGCAAUAAACUCGACUAUUCAAACGGAGGGAAAGGUUAAGCGUAAGAAAGACGAGUGAAGGAGCAGAAUUAUAAAUUUGGAAAGACUUUUAAUGUGUCUUAAGAGUUUCACAAGUGUCGUCCUGAUAGUUCCUGUGCUGGUUAUUGUUUCCAUUGGGACUUAGCACAAUUUAAGCAUGACUGAAGUCACAUUUAACCAAAUCAGCUUUAUAAAGUUCUUAAGCUUCGCGAUAAGUUGAAGUAAGCUAGAUUAGUAAAUAAGUUACGCACUGGGGAGAUUUUACUGUGCAUGAGCAUAUUGAUAUAUAAAAGAUAUUUGUAGAAUAGAAACCAGCUAUGUGAUCUUAAUUUAAACCCGCUUGUAAUACAACAAAAUGUAUGAUAAUUAAGGCCAAACAUGUUCCGUAGUACAAACAGUAAAAUAUUAAUUAACAACUUUUUAAAAGACAAUAAAUCUAAUGAGAAGUAAGGUGUAGAGAACUUGUGACAAUAAUUACCAAAAUAAUUGUCGCAAAUCAAAAUCUAAUCUAAGCAAGCGAGAAAUGAAAAUUCGAUUCUAAGAAACGUUUAAAAUAUGACUAUUUUGUAUUUUGUACAUGAGAACUUGAUGUUCGUUGCAGAAUGGAGAAGUAGAGUAAUUGCGAAAUAGAUAUUUUUAGUUUAUCUAUCUAUCUAUGUAAAUGAAACUGACGCAUAACCAAUAAUCUCAUUUUAUUAAA